AUGAUGGACGCAACCUAUCAAUCUCCGACCAAUUCGUUGCCGCCCUACACCAAGGUCCCGAUCGCGCAGCUGUCCCCUACCCUUGACCAACAGGAGGAGAAAUGUAUCAACGCAACAGUCACUCUCAUCUGGCCCUACUCUUCAGUGACCAAAACCCUCAGUCUCCUACUCGCUGAGCCAGAUUCCCGGCUACGACGAUCGCAUGGACAAGUAAAGGCAAUAUUCCAUGAUCACGUCGCUAAAAGGAUUGCCGAAUCACAUAUUGGUAUCGGCGAUAAUGUUUGUCUGGCAUUGAAGGGCGCGAGGCUCUCGGCCAAUGAUACAGUGUCACAAACCCCUGGGAGAUAUAUUGGAUGGGAUAUUCACUUCGAGACUGAGCUGUCAAUUGAACAGAAUGCCACUGACGCGUCUGAUCCGCCCAACACACCCAAGAAUCCAAGCGCCGAAAAUUCGGAACCACUAGGCCAAGCAACUUGGGCAUCAGGUUCUCCCGCUUAUCUGAAGUCCAGCCCUCGCUUUCUCUUUGGAGGACUUGGUCAUUUGUACAGUCCAUCAUUGGAAGACGAUGGAUUUGUGCCUGGAAAGGGUCGAAAACGUCCGCGAUACAGCCUUCAAAGAGAUGAUUGGCAUAUUGUAGAGGAAGCUUUCAGUCCGGAAGAAGAAUUAGCCCCUCUCGACUGGUGGGAAACUUCCUUGGAUGAGCCAUCAGGAGAAGAAAUAAUUAGCGAGGACGCUUCUAAGAAAGAUGACUCCCGCUCUAACAACGACAUCGACAUCCUCGACACACCCGAUGCGGAGAUAUCCGAGGCUCACGGCCCAUCAUCUCAAGAACAGCCCCCCGUCUUCAUUAAGCCUUCACUUAAACUGACCGGAGACAUUUUCGGGAACCAAGUUGUGCAAUCAAACAACGCGUCAACCGAGAGAGUUGAAGCCAGUCUUGAGAACCCUUUACGAUCAGCUUUUCCCCAGCCUACAGAUACGCCUCAGCUACGGCCAAUCCCUUCCCCUGCGCUUCCAAUUCCCUCACCACUCAUAUCCACCCAAAAUGGCUCACAGGAAUACUUUUCAAGCUUCCACGCUGUCUCCCAGUCGCAGAGUUUACCAUCAGUUUCAAUGGAUGCGAGCACGGAUCACAUCACCUCAGAGCCGAACUCUCUAGUUGAGACGCCUCCAACAUCUCAACCGCAAACGGUAAUGGGUUUCGCAGAUGUUAUGGAGAAUGUUCAGCAAAAUGAUGGACACAGCUUCCUUUCGAGGCUGUUCGGUCCUCAACAUGUGCCGCCUACUAUCUCAUCAGAUAAUUUAAUGACUCCUGCAUUCUCACCAACUUUCUUCUGGCCAAGCAAUUUCGGUACAUCUUCCUCUGAGAUAAAGCAAGAAUCUGUCAAGCCUGGAUUUGAAAUGUCCCAAAACGAUCCACCGCCCGCCGCAGGCUCAGCAGAAGGUGAACAUAAGGAAAUUGUUAGAUCCAUAGAAAGCGAAACGGCCUACGAUGAUGACGCAGUGGAAAACGACGAGUUCUCAACGAAUUCUCAAGGACAGGACAGCGCUGGAGCAAUAGAUGAUCACUCUCCCAUUGAUGUGGUCAUGGCCGAAGGUGAAUUAGAUGAUUGGAACUCAGAAGACGUUCAAAGUGAAGAUGAAGCUGCGGAAGAAUCUCAAGUUCAAAAAAAUCAGGAUCGGUCUCAAUCUAGCUUCAGUGAGGAUGAGGGCUCAGUCACAGAUAACGACGAUGUUCAUCAUGCGGAGAAUAUUGCAAGAGAUUCUAUAUUGCAAUAUGAUGAUGAGGAACGUGCAGGCGAGGAAGUAAGUGAACUGGAAUAUGACGACGAAGAAGCAGAGGACACGCACGAAGAAUACGACGAGGAUGUGGAUGAAGAAGACGAAGUGGAAAUGCGUGAAGAAGAUGAUGAAAUUCAAUCAGAAGCAUACAGUGAUGAGUCGGAGGCAUCGGAUCUGCCGCAAUUACCACCAUCCCAACCGGAAGUGAUUCUACUCGACAGUGAUAGUGAUGAUGAACUGGCGUCAGAUCAGCCACCUUUGACGCACCCUCUACUCCAAGAAAGCAAAUCGGACCGCAGAUUGUCAGAUAUGUACGUUCAUUCAGAAUCUGGCGACGAAGAGGCGGAAGCGGAAUGGGAUGUUGAUGGAGACUCGCAAGACGAAUCUUUGGGAGAUGAAGAACCUGAAGAGGGCGAAGCUGAAGACAGUGAAUCAGAUGAUGAACUUCACACCAGUAAGAAAGAAGAUGACUCCUCGGUGGAUGUAUUGACUCAAGAUCAAUACUUGGCUACACGCACCUCUCGUGAGCCUUCAGCAGAAGAAGGGUUGAAUCAGACAACUGUAGAUGCCGGCGCAUCAACACCAGAUGAUGAACUUGUGUCGGAUACUGGCAUCAAAGCCGCAGUAGAACCUGAUUCAAUUUCGUUGGAUUUCAAUGAAGCAAGCCCCUUGCAAGAUAGCUCGAUAUCAGAGGACAGCGACGAAGGAAAUUUUCUUACUCCAUCACAAGGUAUCAUCACAUCCUUAGACGAUGUUAGUGAUCGAAAUCUGAACGAUUCAGUUUCUCGUUCAGAGAGAGGAAAUCUCAGUGACUCGGAGCAGGGAGCAAAGAACCCUUCCGCAGGAAUUGAUGAUCCGCAGCUUUUGACACCCGAUCCUACCUAUGAAGCGGCCCAUGACUCCCAGUGGACUUUAUUCGAGAAGAAAACGACAAUCGUACCCACCUCUGAUCUUGAAAUGGACACUUCUCAACCACCGUCUAUGGAAGGUGCUAGCCAAGCCGAUCUGGAGUUGGCUCCUUCGCCGCUUGAAACAGAUGGAUUAGUGCCGAAAGAUUUGCCCGGUCACGAGCUUGCCGCUGUUGUAGCAACCAUAGAGUCCGAUGAAGGGGAACAAAAACCAGACCAUGCUGGCGAAGAAAGCAGCACACAACAAAUCGCUCUGGUCGGCGAUCAACCAUCUCCUAAUCGUCAUGCCCAUGGAUUGCGCAGUAAACUGUCUUACUUUGCGCCUCUUGCGGCGCUUAUUGACCAUUACAAUGCUCUGGUAGACACCAUUUCUAUUGUUCAUGACAUAUCCCCAAUCGUCCGAGCUACUUCCGGUCCCAAAGAUUGGUAUAUGACAAUUCAACUCACCGAUCCAACCAUGGCAGGAACUGUUCUCCGAGCCCAAGUAUUUCGACGCUACAAAAAUUCAUUGCCCUCAGUGACAGAAGGCAAUGCAAUUCUAUUGCGAAAUUUCAAAGUUCGGAGUUACGAACAUACAGCUAUUCUCGUCAGUGUUGAAACUAGCUCGUGGGCCGUGUUCGAUGGCUCAGGUCCAGAUGCAAAGAUAUCUGGGCCCCCCGUCGAAUAUGGCGCAGAGGAGCGAGCCUAUUCCUCUGGAUUACGAAAGUGGUACAAUGAAAUUGGCACAUCCAUGAUAUCGGACCAGCAACUUCAAGCAUCCAUUGCAAGGGAUAGCCCUGAUCGACAGGUUACUCCUGGUAGUGUCGCAUUAAGCGAAGCGGGUAGUUUUGAUUCCAAUCCGCGCUCGCGGGGAUCGACACGAUCUCCACGAGGCUCACGACGAUCACGGAAAAGCAAUAGGAGAAUAACGAUUCACGAACUGCGAGACGGCACGCGUUACACUGAGGUUGGAUCUCCCAGCAGCAAGGAAGACAUCCAUGAGCUACGUGAUGGUACGGUUUAUGCCAAUUUGUGA